AAAUAUUGAAUAAAAUUUUGUCGUCCACAAAGCUGUCAGACGCUCUUUUCGUCUUCUAUUUUCUCUCAAGCUUAUCGUCGGACGCGUUGCCUACAUUUUAAGAACACCGCCAGCAUGCCUCCGUCGCACCACCGCCACGACCUGCCGCCGCAGCCACCGCCGCCGAAACCCGACACUGCUCUCCUUUCUAUCCUUUUGAAGGCCAUAAUUAUGACUGUCAUAACCUCCUUUUUCUUCCUUCUUCUCGGCCUUGCUUCUCUCCUCCUAAUUCCUCUCCUUCUCACCUCUAUCCACCGUCACCACAGUCGGAACCGCCUCGAAGACGGUCUUUCUGAUGGAUUCUCCCCAAGCGGUCUCAAGAGGCUCCCCCAGUUCAGGUUUUCGAAACGAUCGGAGGUUGAGAGCGACGGCGAAUGCGUGGUCUGUUUGGAGGGGUUUAAACAAGGCCAGUGGUGUCGUGCUCUCGUCGAGUGUGGGCAUGUCUUUCAUAGGAAGUGUGUGGACACGUGGCUCGUUAAGGUGGCUGCCUGUCCGACUUGUCGUACUAGGGUUUGCUAGAUUUUAGAUUAGCAUUUGUA